UUCAUAUGUGGUGUGAAAACGUCUGCUAUUUCAAAACUGCCUUGUCACGUUUGUGUCGAAUUUUAGUUCAUAUUUACUUUGAUUAUGGCUACAGAUGACAUUUGGAAGUUGGCAUACGAAGGAGACCUCUCCGUGUUGAGAGUGAAAUUAUCGGAGAAUAAUUCGCUGCUCUUGAAAUUAGAUCAGAAUGAUCGCAUGCUAAUUCACUGGGCAGCGUCAGGAGCUAAGUUUGAGGUUGUCCAGUAUCUUUUAGAAAAUGGAGCACAAGUUAAUGUGAAAGAUGAUUCUGGUUGGAGUCCUCUGCACAUUGCAGCAUCGGUUGGACAUGCAGGUAUUGUCUCUGCUCUGAUUGGUAAUGACGCUGAGAUCAAUGCAACCAAUCAUACGGGGCAGACUCCUCUUCAUUAUUCCUCCUCAAGAGAUAGGGUUGAGGUGACAGAGAUUCUACUAGAUCACGGAGCAGACCCAGUGAUCAGUGACGAAAAUGGUGCCACGCCCCUCCACCGUGCUGCCUCCAAAGGAAACUUAGAAAUUGUCAAACUUCUCCUCCAGUUCAACUGCCGGGUGGAUGCAACAGAUAAGCAAGGAAACACGCCAUUACAUCUUGCUUGUGAGGAGGAGAGAACAGAAGAAGCUGUUGCCCUUGUUGAACAUGGAGCAAGCCUUGAAAUAUUGAAUAAGGAGGAAAAGACACCCCUAGCCUUGGCUCCAGCAGGAUUGGCACGGUCAUUGAGGAGAUUAAAAGAAUAGCCUCAUCCGAUGAUGAUAAGACUAAAUAUUUUUUAAUGCAAGCUGCUGAUGCACCUCAGGAAAGGCUCUUAUCGCAGAUUAACAAAACUGUAAGCCUCUCCUUUUCCUUUUUUUUUGUCAGAUGAUGUUAGACAACCGCAAAUUUAAUUUUUCUCGCCAUGAAUGGUUUGGGAAAUGCACUGUCCGUCAGCAUCUAGUAAUGUCUGCAACCAGCUGAAGAUUGUGUCAGAUAAUACAUCAUAAUGCAUCAGUGAUCAGAGUGUGACAGGCACCUUAUACCAAAGCAUGGCUGUAUCUUAUUCACAAGAAUCCCACAUUUGUAGCUUACAUGAUUCUUCAUAGAAGGCUAAAGGCAGCGAGUCUGCGAAUGAGCUGCAUGUUGCUUUCAGUGUCUCUCCCCCAACCCUUUCAUUCUUUCUAUGAAGAAUGGGGAUUAUUAGCAAUGAAAGAUGCUUGUGGAAUUCCUUCUGCAAAUACAUGGUGUUAUCUUUUGGUAAGCUUCCUACAACAGCAAAGGACCUCCAGGCUGGAAGAGCAUGGCUGGGUGCUUUAUUUCCUAAGUUCUCAAAUACAUUUGUUUGGAAACAUGAACCUGCAGUCUUUGGAAUGCUGGUUUCUCCUACUGUCAACCAACUUAAAUUGUGUCUCUCAUCAGCUUCAUGGGGAAAUCAACACCUAUAUGGGAAUUACUCAUUAACAAGUAUUGUCCAUCAGUUAGAGUGGAAUGGAAUUUUACAUCCGUUAGAGGUUAUGUAAUUGUACCCUCAUCCUUGCUUCAUGUUGCCUUAUCAUCCCUGUUCUUAAAUCGCCAAAUAAAAGGAAUUUCUGUGAUUUAAUAUGAUGGUGCAUCGUAUUUGGCUGACCUUAAAAUAUGCAGGUAUGUUACAGGGAUUUCAACUGCUUUUCAUAAAUGUUGGUGUCAUCAAUAUGCUAAUCCACUUGUCCCUGAAAAUUGACUUCCCAUGACAGGCUAAGCCUAGCUAGGGGAAAAGGAAAAGCAAGGAAUUUAAAAUAUAUUGUAUAAAACAAUAAAAUACAUUCACAAAUUUAUUUUGAUAUCAUUAUUUUUCCUUGUUUAUGGUGACAAAGACACAUUUUUGUUAGUGUUUCAGGUACUGCAUUGCCAUGGUAAUGGCAUAUUAUUAGAUACCUUACAUAAGGCUUUCAAGAUAAGGUUGGGCGUUUAAUCACCUUUCAUGACAUUCCAAAAAAAAAUACCAAAAAGCAAAAUACAGUCACUUACUACUAUGGGAUUAGAAAGGGAACAUUCUUUAUUGAGCUUACAUAUUUUUCCCUGGAUUUUUUUUCCAUAUAAAAGUAUUUCUUUGGAUCAUAACUUGAAUCACAGGAUACAAAAUGCCCCAAGAACUUGGCUAUUAUUUGAAUUCUGUGUUUACUCGGAGAGGCUAUGUUUAUGAUUAUUUAUGUCAUAAUUAUAUGCAAUAACAUUCUUGUAUUGUGAUGAAGACAGUAUACUUUUUAAGAUUGAGUAACAUUUUGUAUCCCGCUUGACACUAAUGUCUACUGGAAAGAUACUAACUCUCACUUGCCGCUCUCCACCCAGGUGUAUUUGGUAGGUUAUGGUAAAAGAACACCAUUGAAGUUUGUUUUCAAGUUACAAUUGUUUACCAUUCUAAUUCCUCAAGAACAAAAACUGAUUUUGUACUGCUUGGUAUCUUGAAUCCUUCUAUUGCUAGUUGGUAUAAAGAAAUCUGGUUUUUGUAUUCGUUUUGAUUUAAACCAUAUUGAUGUUAUUCCUUUUACAAGAGGAAAUUCAAUGCAGAUGAA